AUGUCUUGCCCAGCGCGUAAAUAUCCCCUCCGCAAACCCCAAGGCCACAAGCUCCCGAUCCCACGAUGGCACCUCGCCCUCCCAGGUGAUCUCACCCACGUCUGCACCGCGUACAUCGGGGUUCAGAUACAUUCUGAUGCUCAAGACGCUGAUAUCGCUCGAAAUAAAGCUACUGAGAUAAUCCAAGCAUGGGUGAACAGCGACACUGGGCCAGAGGCAUAUGAGACAUUCGCAGUGAUUGAUGGAUGUGAUGUCCAAGAAUCGACAGUAUGGGUGUGUUACUGGUCAGACAAGACAAAAUACGACAACGGCCUUAAUGACCUCUCACUGGAUUCCAUCUACGUCCAACUACCAGAAUCAGGCCGUGCCUUAGUGGGCAUCUGGCGAGAGGCCUUCAUCACAGAGUUUUCCCGCCUCGAAACAAAUUACUCGGGCCUCGACUAUCUCCCCGGUCUCGCAAAACUCCCUGGCGCAAGCUUUCCAGAACAUGAACUCUCGGCGUACUGGGGCGCAGCAAGAGACAGAAUCCCCUCGUCUGCCUUCGAUCUCUUCCCACCGUCAAAGCCAAACCCAGUCACAAUUCCUCCCGGUGUUGGCCAGUAUCUCAUCGGAACGAAUGAUGAGAACGUAGCUCAUAUCCGCUCGGGACAGUUCUGGGAGAACUGCGGUCAACAGGAAGCAGACUCUUACAACAAAAGGCUUGAACCCACUCUUCACUCUGGCCUGCAAUAUCUCUGGGAUAAUUCACCUGAAACGGGUGCUUUGGGACUGCGAUACCUCAGAAAUCAAGACCCUUCGCUUGAGGAACCUCGGCUGCGAAAAGAGUCUUGCGGUGCUGGCUUCUUCACGAACCUCGAAGCCCUUGAAGUUUGGGCAAAGAGUCACAAGUCUCAUCUUGCUAUAUACCGCGGCGCAUUAACUCACUACAAGAUCUUUGGGGAUGACAGGAAAUUCCGAACGUGGCAUGAAGUUUCCAUUCUGAGAGCAGGAGAUGCACUGUUUGAAUAUCUAAAUUGUGUGCCUGAAACGGGCGUGAUUCGAGGCGUUGCUCUCAAGGCAGAGAGCAUCUAG